AGUCAAUUCCUUUCCAUAAAACGUAAUCCAACUAGAAAAUGCAAUACCCAUAUCAUUUUCAGUACUAACACUAUCCUCUAAUCAGAUAUCGACCACAGCCCAGUUUAAUUUGCUCAAGAAAAUGAAUCUUUCGGGUUCAAAGGUGUUUUCCACUCUCAUACUUGUUAAUUUCCUUUUCUUCUCUUGUGUUGCAGCUAGUAAGCUCCCGUGCCCACCGAAGCAGCAGCAAGCCAAAUGCCCCAAAGAUACACUCAAGUUUGGUGUUUGUGGAAGUUGGUUAGGCCUGGUCACUGAAGUCAUUGGGACUAAACCAAGUGAGGAGUGUUGUUCCUUGCUGAAAGGCCUCGCAGAUCUUGAAGCAGCAUUUUGUCUGUGCACCGCAAUUAAGGCCAGCGUGCUGGGAAUUGUCAAGCUCAACGUGCCUGUUGCUGUUAGUUUGCUUGUUAAUGCUUGUGGGAAGAAUGUACCAGAGGGAUUUACUUGUGCUUAGAAAUACUGCAUAUAUUUCUGUACCUGUCAUUGUUGCUUUAAGUUAAUGGUAAAUCAUUAAAUACAUAUUGAACUUUUCUUUCAGGUCAA